AUUCCCCUUGCUAAAUAUGGCGUUUUGCAUUUUGGCUGCACCAUACCAGCAAGAGAAACACUUUUAAGUUAACACUUAUCUAUCUUGUUGAGGUUCGCUGUUGCUUGGUCAAACGGUUGCUCUUUUGAGUUAACCUCAGAUUGGGUUCGCGAGCUAACGCGAAUGUGGCGUUAACGUUACAGGCUAACGUUAGCUAACGUUAAAUAUUGUGGAAAAACAAAGCUACUCCAGCCAAGCUGCUUUUAAAGCGAAUAACGUUAUCCCAGUUAGUUAUAGGAUAGUUAGCUAAUGUUAGCCCAAGGGCGUUCUUAAACUUUUAUCUCCCUUUGCCGCCACAAACUAUAUGAACAGCUAAUUCGGGGCUAAAAGCUAAAUGCAUCGUGGUGGGUGUGUUAACAGUAGUUGCAGGGUAACGCUAGUAUAAAUUUACUAUUAUCAUAACAACGCACCUCAGGGUUGGCCACCUGUCCUUGCUCUCUAUAAUGCCCCAGUGUUUGCAGCAUCUGCAGUGAACGUGAUGGCAGCCCAGUCGAUUUCCAUAGACAAGUACCCAAAGGGAGAGCAGCAGAUGCAAGGUGUGGUAAAGGUAGACAGCGAUUCGGAGCAGAAGUUUAUUGAGGGAACAUUGGCAGAGGCGCCCAGCCCGGCUCCCACAGAGCCGCAGACACCCAUGGACGUGGACAAAGCUUCCAUAUAUCGCCAUCCCCUGUUCCCUCUCUUGGCUCUGCUGUUUGAGAAGUGUGAACAGUCCACGCUUAGCUCUGAUUGCAUCACCUCUGCGAGCUUUGACGUGGACAUUGAGAACUUUGUCCGCAAUCAGGAAAAGGAGGGCAAACCCUUCUUCAGCGAAGAUCCUGAACUCGACAACUUGAUGGUGAAAGCCAUCCAGGUGCUGCGGAUCCACCUGCUUGAGUUGGAGAAGGUGAGUGACCUGUGUAAGGACUUCUGCAGCCGCUACAUCGCCUGCCUCAAGACCAAGAUGAACAGCGAGACUCUGCUGAGUGGAGAGCCGGGAAGCCCGUACUCCCCCGUUCAAGGCCAGGCCCAGAGCUUCUCACCCACCAAGACUCAGACCUCCAGCUCUAUGUCAGGUACCAUCAGUCCCCAAGGUCAAAUCGUGGUGCCAGCAUCAGCCCUGCAGCAAGGGAAUGUUACUGUGACAGCCGUCAACCCCACCCAGGUGGUCGCAGGUAUGUCACCAUGGCAUACAACCCCUCCCUCAGGUGGCACAGUGUACCAGCCUGUUACAGUCGUCACUCCUCAGGGCCAGGUGGUAACACAGGCUCUUUCUCCUGGGACAAUACGCGUCCAAAACAAUCAGCUCCAGCUGCAAUUUCACCAGGACCUGAACCUCUUUAGUCACGACGACAACUCAACCAAGAACAAACGUGGCGUUCUACCCAAACAUGCCACCAAUGUCAUGCGCUCGUGGCUCUUCCAGCACAUUGGGCACCCAUAUCCAACAGAGGAUGAAAAGAAACAGAUUGCCACUCAGACAAACCUGACACUUCUGCAGGUCAACAACUGGUUUAUAAAUGCACGGAGGCGGAUCUUGCAGCCUAUGUUGGAUGCCAGCUCCUCUGAGACACCAAAAGCCAAGAAGAAGACGCCUCAAAACCGGCCACUGCAGCGCUUCUGGCCUGACUCCAUUGCCGCUGGGGGAGGAACUCACCAGCAGGUUACCAUGCCAGAUGGUACUAUGGUGACGAUGAACGUGGAGGGUCUGCAGAGCCUGACGUCAGAUGGCGCCACGCUGGCGGUACAGCAAGUGAUGCUGGGAGGUCACAGUGAAGACGAGUCGGGGGACAGUGGAGAUGAUGACGAUGACACAGACAUGGCCGGGCUGGGCCUGGACAACAGCGACUCAUUGCAGUAGAGGACACACUCCCUCACACUCUGAUCUACACAUACACACAAGACAUGCAUAAAUAGGUCUACAGAAUACAUGUGCGUUCUCAAACACACGAUGAAUCAUAGUACAAACAGACACACACAUUAGGUUUGCAUAGAGCACAAAACUACAGGACUACAACGGGAACGGUCCUGCACUCUUCCAACCCUCCAUCCUGCUGAACGGCGGUUUAUGCUGCGUGUGUGUACAUCAGGAGUUUCAUUUCAGAAACCGUUUUUUUAAUAAUUUAGUUGAUGUAUGCGAGUGCACUUUUUUGUAUAUUUAAGCUCAAAAAGAUUAAAUCAAAGAAACAAGAAAAAAAGAAGUGUUAAAAACACCUGAAGCAAGUUUGUAUGCUCCGUUAAUAAAUGUUGACUGAUUUUAAUUUUUUAUUUUUUUUCCCUUGGCCCCUGUUCUCAUUUUUGGAUGCCAACACUUAGAAGUUGUAUCUGUAAGGGUUUGUCUUCACUUUUUGCAUGCUUGUGUUUUGAGUAGAUGUGCACACUCUUAGGACUGACUCCACGGCUCUCACACAGGCCCGUGCAGGCCAAGCAGAGCCCAAGUGGAGAGAUGGGGGGGAGGGGGAGGAGAGAUGCUUAUUUUUAUAUACAAACAUAUAAAAUUAGUGUUUUUUGUUUUCAUUUUUGUGUUCUCCUGUUUUGUAAGGAGUAUUUAUGUACAGAUUCAUAAUUAAAGCUAGCGACCCUGUUUUCCAGGGUUCCUUGAAGUUUUCUAAAAAACAGAAAAAGGAAUUGAAUGCUGAUGAAAAUUUCUAUUUAAAUUGGUUUUAAACUUACAAUACUAACAAGGCCUUACCUGUGUUCUUUUCUAAAAAAUUCUUGCCAAGAAGCACAAAAAGAAAGUCUGACCCUCUGUGAAAUCGGUCAAAAAGACACUAAACUGCAGAACACUUGUGUGGUUCUGUAAAGCAUCGGUAAUAAUUUUACUUUGUGUGCUGCAACAUCCCAGUUAUCUGAAGAGUUAUCAUACACAGUAACUUGACUGCAGUGCUCAGAUUUUUUAAAUACAGCUCCAGUUUUACCCUCAUUGUGUAUACCAUACUUUACGUCAUUUUACGACAUCAUUUUACAGUAGUAGCGUAGGCGUCACUUUCUCAAAUGCACAAUCCAGAACACUAUGCUAAUCACACAAUCACAAGGGUCUGAGUUGGAAACCCCUGGAAGGGCAGUAUCCACAGUGAGAUAUGAACUCCAUCAACAACUUUUUGCACGCAUUAAACUUUUAUUUAUGUACAUGUACAUGCUACUGCGUUGAAAACAAAGAGCAGUUGGAAAGUUGUACUCCUUGUCUGCCUGAAGGACUGAGACUAAGCUCUGCAGCCUCUGUUAGUCCCCUUGCCACUACAUACACAUGUAGUGAAAGAUUUUAAAUCUCUUUAUCAAUAUGUUUAUUACUGCACAAAUUGGGGUGCCUCUUGUUUGAAUAUCUCUAAUAUUGUACUGUACAACAGUUGUCAGUAGUUGCAGUAAUCUGGUUUAUAGCCCUCUUGUAAAGUUGAAACUUGAAAUGGUUAAUUUCAUGCAGCCUGAGGGUAUAGUGACUCUGGGUGGGUCCUCGCUGAGCUCUCGGUUCCACACUUGCGUCUGUCUUGCUUUUUAUGAAGCGUUGUUCACUUUUCUCUUGUCUGUUUUGCCUUAGAGCUUUCUAUUUUGGAAUAAACGAUGUCUAACUCUC